CACACGACGGCGGCACGAUGGAACAAGCGCUGCGGAUGAAGGAGAAAGGGAACGAGUGCUUUGCAAAGCAAAAGUACGCUUCCGCGAUCGACUAUUACACAGAAGCCAUUUGCCUGCAGUCGAACGUUGCGGCAUUCUACACCAACCGUGCGCUUUGCUACAUUUACCUAGAGAAGUGGGUUCCCGCUCAAACAGAUUGCCGACGCGCCAUCGAGAUCGACGGGUCAAAUGCCAAAGCGCACUACCUCUUGGGCAAGAGUUUGUGCCAAGAUCACGAGUACGACGCCUCGAUCGACGCCUACGAGAAAGCGCAGUCGGUGCUCGACGGACACCCAUCCCAGCAAAAAGCUUCGUCGUUUGCGCAGGAUGUGUUGGCGGGGUUGAGGCUCGCGAAAAAGCUCAAGUGGCAAGCCGCGCACGACGCUCAAAGGCGUCGCCACAACCAAGUGAUGUCUUUAUUCCAGACGAUCGUCGACCAGUCCCGCACGCACGAGCUCAAGUGCUUGCCCGACGUAGACACAGCGUACGUUCCGCUGCUGCCGUCGUCAUCACUUCGACUGGGCAUGCCAUGCAAGGACACGACCUCAUGGACGACGAUAGCCUGGUUCACAGCAACCACGACACCGUGUUGGCGCACAUGAUGGAGCUGUUGGAAAUGCAUGUACGUUUGCUGCACAUCGUACCCAUGUGCUUGGAAUUUUGCAUCGCGUUUGCCAUCGCCGGCCGUGGUUGUCGACGCGCCACAGUCAUGUGGAAGCGGCGGCACAUUGGACCGUGGUUUCGUUGGACCGCAGUACGGGCUUGAAUUCGCGUUGGGGGGCACCCGUUGAAGUACCUCUCGGCCACCGAUCGUGGUCUUACUUGGCGCGGACGUGGCAGUGGCGAUAUUCGAAAUGAUGAAACGAUGAUGCACGACCAGGCAGUUUGUCACCAACGUUUGGAUUUGGCAACGUUUUGUAGUGGCCGCGUCGACUCGGCGUCCCGUUGCCUGCUGUCGCUGCGCCAGUUUUCGUGCAGCGGCGUUUUGUCUGCAGGGGUGUGUGGUGGUGCCUCACGACGUGCCGUUGUCAUGCGUAGCAAUCGACCGAGUUGACCCAAGUGCCAGAGUCCUUUAUUUGCCCGAUUGGCAUGGACAUCAUGGCGGACCCCGUGACGACUCCCAACGGUGUCAGCUACGAGCGCAAGUGGAUUGAAGCGCACAUUGCGCGGUCUCAGUUGGAUCCGUUGACGAGAGAAGCCCUCCGCGUGCACCAGCUACGGCCGAACGUGUCGCUGCGCCACGCGAUCGAGGACUUUUUGAACAAGUCGUGACAGCGCGCUUGGUUUUCGAUGGUGGUCUCAUUGAUUCGUCUAGGAACCCAUGGGCGUACGAGUACUAGGCGGGUCGUCGGCAGUUCGCGCGGCAUCGAGAUGAUCCAUGCAGCAUGACACAGGUUGCAGUCGACCGCCGCGUCCAUCAUGUUCCUGUGCUGUGGAUAUGUCGCAUAUAUAUUUGACCAAUCAAUAUCGAUGUUUCAUACGA